AUGGGAGGUGUUGUAAAAAAACAUGAAGUGCAUGGUAUCAACGAAGUAGAAAUAGUUGGUGAAAGAAAAAAGUCACAAAGAAAAAUAACUGAUUAUUCACAAGUAACUCAUAACCAUCCUCCAUAUAUUCAGAAAAAAAAAGAAGAGGCACUGCUUAAAUGGAUAUUGAAAACCAACCAACCUUUGUCUAUUGUUACUAAUGAAGCAUAUAUAGAAAAAAUGAAAGUUUUUGAUCCAGCAUUUUCUGUACCAGGUGCAAAAAAAUUAAGAACUAUGAUUGGAAACAGUUACAGUUUUAACAAAGAAGCAUUGC